UCCCCAAACCAUUUGCUCGCCACCGAGCUCAUCUCAUCUCAUCUCUCACCGCCACUUUCCUUUCCUCUCGAACAAAGCAGGUGGUGGCGCGGCUGGCCGCCGUGUCUGUCUGUUGUGUCUGUGUGCACCAUCGGCGGUUCGAGUUGGGCUCCGUGUCCGUCCGUCUCUUUUAUCCCGGCCAGAACCAGAGAGAGCUUCCUCUCUGACAGAGCGCCUCUGUCUCUCUCUCUGUCUCUCUGUCUCUCUCUCUCUCUCUCUCUCUCUCUCUCUCUCUCUCUCUCUCUCUCUCUCUCUCUCUCUCUCUCUCUCUCUAGAAGAUCGAUCACACUCUCGGCCAGUCUCGGUAGAUGCGCAACAAUGCGAGCGGCAGCAGCUGGUGUUCCCGUGUGGCGGUGCUGCAGCAAGUGCUUGGCCCGCAGGCUUCUCCUCAUGGCUUCGGCUUCGGCCUCCACCAGCACCGGCUUGGUGGUGACGCUUCUUCUUCCUCCGGCGGCGGCAUGGAAGAACCAGCUGGUGCAGUGAUGCCGGCGCCGCCUCUCCUCCUCUUCCGCGCCCUCGCGUCGCUCAACCUCCUCCUGCUCGUCGGCUACCUCCUGCUCCUCCUCCUCGCCAAGCUCUUCGCUCGCCUGCACCACAGGGCCACCGCCAAGCAGGACCGGGCAAGUAGUCGGUAUGAUGGCCGCUGCGACGACCACCGCACGGAGGCCAUGCAGGCCGCCGAUGAAGCAGAGUACGCCGCCGCCGCCGAUGUCGUCGGAGGACAGCAAGCGGACACGCUGUUCUGGUUCGACGAGGCCGUGUUCGAGGACAGCACCCUGCUGCUUGGCGACGAAGGAAAGGAUCACCAUCACCUGUACGCCGCUACAGAAACUGCACGUUGCUUGCAGGUGGAGAGCAACUUUCCCGUGGAGGAAUCUGCCCGCAUCUCGCCGCGCAACCUGCAGAGCCACCGAGUGGAUGUCGAAGCCGAACCGACGCAGCAGGUGCACCAGGAGGCCAAGGGCGGCAUCGCCGUCGUCGAUGUCCCGGCGACGACGUUCCUGGAACCGGAACAGCGGAUGAGUGCUCCUGCUCCGGUCGCCGUACCACCGGAGAAUGUCUCCAUCGAAGGGGACAAGCAGCAGGAAAGCAACAGAUCAGGAGAAGACGCUCUUCGCGACGCCGACCGUGCCGAACACGAAGAGGAGGGCCAGCAGGCCGGGAAGAGCUUUUCUGAUGAAGGCCAGCAUGACGUGAAGCUGUUCGUCAACAACCGCGCGCUCGCCGACACCAGGAAGCUCCUGCUGGAGGGCGGCGUGGUGGCCGGAGGAGGAGGAGGAGGAGGAGCGAAGGCGGCGCAGCUACAGGACGAGAACGAGAACGACGACAAGCAGGAGGACAAGAACGGGGACAGCAGCCGGUACGGCGCGUCGACGCUGACGAGCGAGUCGACGUCCAAGAGCUCGGUGGAGUGGCAGAGCUCGACGGUGACCAAGGACUCGGAGACGGAGUACCCUUUCUCGUCGUCGUCGCGCCGGAGCUCGGCGCGGUGGGAGUCGUACACGCUCUUCCGCAAGUACGACGAGGACAUGGUCUACUUCCACCGCGUCGGCGCCCAGAAACUCACCGAAACAGAGUCGUUCCGGUCGAUCAAGUACCAGCCGCGUUCCAUGUCGGAGCGGAUCGUGCAGAAGCUGACGCCGAAGCCGAGCGCCCCAAAGCCGAUGGGGCUGCGGGACCCGUACCCGGAGCUGGAGCGCGCGUACGUGGCGCAGGUGUGCCUGACGUGGGAGGCCCUCAACUGGAACUACACCAGCUUCCGGCGGCACAACGGCAGCGACGGCAACAUCGCGGCGCGGUGCUGCCCGGCGCGCGUGGCGCAGGAGUUCCAGCAGUUCCAGGUGCUGCUCCACCGCUUCAUCGAGAACGAGCCCUACGAGUGCGGCCGCCGCGCCGAGGUGUACGCGAGGAUCAAGAACUCCACGCCCAAGCUGCUCCUCGUCCCGGAGUUCAGAGACGAGGAUGACGAGAAGGAUGAUCUGAUAUCGGCAGUGCAGUUCCUGCUGAUACUGGAGGAGUCCAUCAGGACGUUCAUGGCGUUCCUCCGCGCCGACAAGAGGAGCCACUACGAGAUGUUCAGAGAGAUGGUGAAGAGGAGGGCGUCGGCGAGGAGCGCCGUGGAUCAGACGCUAGUCGUCACACUCAAGAAAGCCAACAAGAAAAAGAAGAGCCGGCUCAAGGACCUGACGCGGCCGCGGCGGUGCCUGAAGAGGACGAGGCUGAGGGAGGAGGAGGAGCUGUCCAUCCUGCUGGGCCUCAUCGACCUCAAGGUGGUGGCGCGGGUGCUGCGCAUGCCGGAGAUCACCGACCAGCAGCUGCACUGGUGCGAGGAGAAGAUGAACAGGGUCCGGAUCGAUCUGGAGGGCAAGCUGCAGAGGGACCCUACCCCUCUUUUCUACCCUGCACAUUGACAGCGACGGACCUGUGCUGUCUGCUGCUGGUGCUGGUGCUGGUGUUGGACAACAACAGUCUUGUGCAAUAAUCUUCUAGUAGCUCUUUUCUUUUCUUUUUUUACUUUUUUUUUUCGUAUCUUCUUUUGUCCAAGAUAUGUAGUAGUGGGAGAAGGGAACGAAAGAUAAAGUUGCAUUGCAUGCAUAGACAUGAGAAUAUGCAUGGCACUUAGCCUCAUCUAGUACUACUGUAAAAAGAGAGAUCACAGAUCGAUGAUGUUAUUGUAAAGGCACAUACUAUACAUACAUAUAUACACUAGAGUAAUAAUAAAUAAAUAAAUAAAUAAAAUAAAUAA